GAGCUCUACCUAGCGCUUCAAUAGUGUUGCAAAUUCGGACUCUAUUGGUUGGCAGCCUCUGGCUGCUCAGAUUGCUGUGGGAUUUUUGUUGUUGUUGUGUUUUGUUUUGUGUUGCUUUAUUUUCCGAUUCCGGGGAAGGCCUUUAACCGCACAAUUCAAGAGUCAAACCAGACUUGGAAUCAGAACCAGUUAACAACCAUGGACAGACAAGGUGGGCAAAAUAACUUCCAGUAUGCAACAGGAACAUAUCAAGGCCCUCCACAACAGUAUGGUUAUCCAAGUCCUGGACCUGUUGGCUUUCCUAACUAUCAACAACCCGCUGCCUCUUUUAAUCCACCACAGCCUGGUAUGCCUGGAUUGUCACAAUGGGUUCCACCAUCACAACCAAUAAAUUGUCCACCUGGACUGGAAUAUUUAACUCAGAUUGACCAAUUAGUGAUCCAACAGCAAGUUGAAAUUCUGGAAGCACUUAUAGGUUUUGAAACCAACAAUAAAUAUGAAAUUAAAAACAGCUUGGGACAGAGAGUUUACUUUGCAGUGGAAGAAAAUGACUGCUGUACUCGAAACUGUUUGGGCACCUUAAGACCCUUUGUUAUAAAGAUUCUGGACAAUUCUGGCAGAGAAGUGAUAAAUUUUCAGAGACCUUUGAGAUGUGUUUCCUGUUGUUUUCCUUGUUGCCUACAGGAGUUGGAAAUACAAUCUCCUCCUGGUGUACCAGUAGGUUAUGUUACCCAAAACUGGCAUCCUUUUCUGCCCAAGUUUACAGUUCUAAAUGAGCACCGUCAGGAGGUGCUGAAAAUCAUUGGCCCAUGUAUCGUUUGCAGAUGUUGCUCAGACAUUGAUUUUGAGAUAAAAUCUCUUAAUGAAGAGACUACAGUUGGAAAAAUUACAAAACAAUGGACAGGAGUCAUAAAAGAAAUGUUUACGGAUGCUGAUAACUUUUCAAUUCAGUUCCCAUUAGACCUUGAUGUGAAAAUGAAGGCUGUGAUGUUGGGUGCUUGUUUUCUCAUUGACUUCAUGUUUUUUGAAAGAAGUGGAGACUCUAAAACUGAUAGAGGAGGAGUGUGGCAAUAAUCGGAUGAAUUUAUCUUCGGGUUCAUUUAAAGAGUGUUUUGGGACAUCUGAAUUGGAAAUAUGAUGGAAUUUUAAAAAUUUAACUCAAAAGUAUACCAAUAAUCAUGAAAUCUAUAAAUAACAACUACGGGCAACUUUAUAACACUUUUUUUUUCAAAUUAUAGAAUAUAGCCUUCCUUAGUUUCCUUAUUUGUAAAAUGGGUAAUUGGACAAAAUUAGCAUUAAGGUGCCUUCCAGCUCUAGAUUUAUGAUCCUUUGAUCAUAUAAGUGACUUGCAAAAAUAUUAUAAAUUAAAUCUGUUUUGAAUAUAGAAUACUUGUUUUGAGGUCAGUAUGCAACCAUAAGUUGACAUUUAGAUAAAAGUGACUACUAUGUAUAUAAAAUGAUUAUGGGCUAUAGUUUUUUUCUAUGAAAAAAGUUGAUUCUUUAAAAAGUUUUCUGUACAACUUAUAGCUAGCUGAAUAUUUCAUACAUAAUUCAUUUUAUAAGCACUAAUGCAGUUUGGAAAAUAUAUAAAUAAAAUAAGACAUAGCAGCAUUUAUUGACAAAUAUUUAGAAAAGCAAUAUUUAAUUAUCUGAUCUUUGAGGUAGCUAUUGUGACUUCAGUGCCCUUUUCCAAAAAGGAAAAAAAAAAAAAAACAACCCUCAAAAAAGCUUUAAGAAAUCACUUUAUUUUUAUGUCUUUUAUUAAAGAGAAAUGACUAUUUUUCUUGUUUAUAUUAAUUAUUGGUAGCUCCUUGAGAGGAAUACUUUUUUGCUUUUUUUUUUUUUUUUUGAUCACUGGCAUUUAGCAGUCCUGGCACAAUUCAUAAAUGUUUGUUGACCUAUGGAGUAAUAAUAAAGAACAACUGGAGGUCUGGAGUGGGGAAAGAAGGGUGGGGUCUGAUCUGCUAGUUUUUCUCAACGGAGGGCAAUUUUUUUAUAUGCUCAUUUCCUCGUUCCCUAUUGAAAUUAUCAUGCUAUUCACAAGUAUUUACUUGUAACUUUGUGUUCAAUUCCAGUUAAUUUUCUUCUGUGUGAAUUAAAUUGUAAAGAUUAUCUUACAAUAAAUAAACUCAAUGUAUGCCAUCUCUUUACAACGAA